CGGUGUGUUGUCCUUUAGCAAGUUCUCAUGUGAUGCCAAGAAAACGUGCAACUCAGAGUAAUUUGGGACUCACAAAUGUGGGGAAUUUAACGCUGGAGAAAUGCACAUCCAAUACUGUUUUAAAAUGCUGCAUUGAGCUCGUGCCACUAUAUACUACAGCAAACUUCCAAACAGCGAGCACUCGCCAUUCAAAGAACCGGAAACAGAGGACUUGUUUCAAUUCUGGUACCAUAAAAUUAUACCGGUGUCCGCGUGCGACAGAUGGCGUUCGCACUUGAAGCAGUGGCCUCAGGAUGGAGAAGUCACCCAGAUGUAGAACGUGGUAGGCCAUGAAGAGGUCGACUAUCACUCCACGAUAUGACAGAGUGUAUAGACCCAAUCUUUCUCACCAAGUAAAU